GGUCAAUGCUAGGAGUUGGUUGGUUGCCCCAUGCCUCAUGAGUGCAUAUUUUUAACUGUGCAUGGAUAUAAAUAGUCAUGUGAGUGUAAAGCGAUCAAAAACACGGUACGGAUACAACUGCCACAAAAACAACAGCAUUUCCUGUUGCCUCAAGAACCCAAGUAGCAGAUAAAAAGCACAUUUUUACCUUCUGAGGAGAGUUUAUUAGAGGAGCAUGGAGGAAGUGUAUGAUGCUGAGGAUGACUGGGAUGAAGAUGAGGCCACUCAGUACAUGAUUGAACAAAGUUUACUGGAGCACAACAAACAUGCUGAUUCAACUGCCAGUGAUCCAUUAGACUGCAUAGACCAUGAGGAAAUAUUCACGGCUAUACAGGCUGGUAAUGAGGAUGCUCUGAAGAUCAUGGUUCAGCGUAAGGAGGCUCUGUCUAAUGCAGACGGCAGGGGCUGGAUCCCUUUGCAUGAAGCCGCCAUACAACAAAAGAGGAGCAUUUUGGAGAUCAUAUAUGGAGCAUCUCCUCAGGGCUCGCCCCAAUGGCGUACUUUGAAAGGAGAGACUCCGUUGUUUCUUGCCGUUGUGCACGGCCAAAGAGACAAUGCCACAUUCCUGCUUCAAAACGGCUCUGACCCGAACUGCAAAAAUGAGGAUGAGGACUCUGCAUUGAUUGCAGCUGUAAAGAAUGACCAAUAUGACCUGGCUCUUCUUCUGUUACGCUACAAUGCCAAAGUGGACCAAAAGGGAAGCAUCCAAAGAACUGCUCUGCAUGAAGCAUCUGUGCUUGGCUUAGAUAACUUCGCAUACCUGCUUCUACAGUCAGGUGCCGAUCCAAACGCCAUUGACGCGUGUGAACAUACACCUUUAGGACUUGCUGCACAAGCUGGACAUCUUAACGUUGUGGAGGUUCUGCUUCAGAAAGGUGCCAGUGUUUGGUCCAAGCCCAACUCUCCAACUUCAGCAUCAGUUUUGUUCGACGCAGCCGCUUCUGGAAACCCUGACAUCAUUUCACUGCUGCUGGAAUACGGAGCCGAUCCCAACAUGCCAACCAACACCGGUCAUCUCCCCAUCCACCGUGUGGCCUACCGUGGGCAUCUGCUAGCCCUGGAGCAACUCAUCCCGGUGACUAGAAAGGAUGCAAUUAAGGAAAGUGGCAUGAGCCCCUUACACUCCGCUGCUGCUGGAGGUCACCCGCAGUGUCUGGAGCUGCUCCUGAGUUCAGGGUUCGAUCCUAACUUCAUGCUACACCCGAGAGUGCGCAGAAACUACGAUGAUGAACGCAGGUCGACGCUAUUUUUUGCCGUAUCGAAUAACGACGUCCAAUCUGCCCGGGUGCUCCUGGAGGCCGGGGCCAUGGUAAAUCAGGACCCCAUAAGCUGCCUGCAAGUGGCCAUGCGGCUGGGCAACUACGAACUUAUAAACACCCUGCUGCGUUACGGUGCCAACGUAAAUUACUACUCCCGGGUCAACACCACCCACUUCCCUUCUGCCCUGCAGUAUGCACUGAAGGAUGAGGUGAUGCUGCGAAUGCUGCUGAAUAACGGCUAUGACGUGCGACGGUGCUUCGACUGUCCGUACGGACAGGCCUCGCACGUGCCUGCAGACUAUGAAGGCUGGAGUGCCUCUGUCAUAAAGGAUGUAGUGUUUUGUGAGGUGAUCACAGUGUACUGGCUCAAGCACAUCUCAGCUCAAGUAGUGCGAAUUAUGCUGGAUUAUGUUGAUCAUGUGACGCUCUGCUCCAAACUGAAGAGCGUUCUGGUUGACCAACAACAGUGGGCGGAAAUAUGUAAAAUACAAGAAAAUGCACGAAGCCUAAAGCACCUCUGCAGACUGAAGAUCCGUGAAUGUUUGGGUCGCUUGCGUCUGAGGGCUCCGGUUUUUAUCAGUUUCCUUCCUUUACCUGCCAGUCUCAAAGACUAUAUUCGCUAUAAAGAGUAUGAUAUUUACAGUAGAGGAAGUAUUUCAGGGGAAGAGUAAAAUCAGAUGGAUACUUCUAUACAUUACAAGCUGCUGAGAACUUCAUGGAUAUUUAUUAUUUGAUAUAAUUUGCAUUUGGUAUUUGGAAAAAGGCCAAACAACAUUAUAAAGUAUUGGUUUUGUUCCAUGUAUGUACAGAUACAGUGUGUUGAAAAAGAUAUAUGAUGUGACGUAAAUAGGAGAUUUGUAUAUCUUGUUCACUUAUAAAUAAGUAUACAGAAUACA